AGUUAACCACAGGAAACUACAGUUCCCGUGUAGCUUUGCGGUUGAUUGCUUCAUUACUUUCUUGAGUCUUCUUUAAAAAAACCCGUCUCCGGAGCCUUGCCCUUUACUUCCCGCUUGCUCUCGACUGCAGGAAUGAGCGAGGUUGCAGUUUAUCCUGCGUUUCAGCUCGGACAGCCGCGGUAUGAUCAGAGCUCCUUCCUCGGCAGGUUCAGACACUUUGCAGACAUCAUCGACCCCAGAACUCUUUUUGUAUCAGAGGCUCACUUAAAGCAAUGUGUUGCUCUCCUGGAUGAUUUUAAACAUGGGACUCUUCCACCUGGAACAACGGAUCAACAACUCUGGGAUGCUCAGAAGGUGAAACAGGCUAUUAUUCAUCCUGACACGGGACAGAAAAUCUUUAUGCCUUUUCGCAUGUCAGGUUAUGUUCCAUUUGGAACACCCAUAGUAGUUGGACUUCUCCUUCCAAACCAGACUUUGGCAUCCACUGUGUUCUGGCAGUGGUUAAACCAGAGCCAUAACGCUUGUGUAAACUACGCCAACCGCAAUGCUACAAAGCCCACACCAACAUCCAGAUUUAUCCAGGGCUACCUGGGAGCUGUAACAAGUGCAGUCUCAAUCGCGGUUGGUUUGAAUGUGCUUAUAGAGAAAUCCAGGAAAUUUAACCCAGCCACCAGACUCAUCAUACAGAGAUUCAUUCCUUUUCCUGCUGUAGCUAGUGCAAAUGUGUGCAAUGUGGCUCUCAUGAGGCACAACGAACUCUCAGAGGGAAUUGAUGUGUUAGACUCCAAUGGGAAUGUGGUGGGAUCUUCACGGAUAGCAGCCAAACAUGCACUGAUGGAGACAGCGUUUACACGAGUGGUCCUGCCGCUACCUAUAUUUGUCCUCCCACCUAUCAUCAUGGCCUUUGUGGAGAAACUGCCACUGAUGCAGGCCCAUCGUCGGCUCAUGCUGCCUGUCCACAGCUUGGUGUGCCUGGCCGUGUUCGGUCUCUCUCUGCCUCUCGCCAUCAGCCUCUUCCCACAGAUGUCUCAGAUUGAGGCUUCUCACCUUGAGCCGGAAAUUGCCAUGGCAACUGAUUGCAAGAUGCUGACCUAUAACAAGGGACUGUGAAGGAAGCAAACACAAAGAGAGACACCAAAAGAGAAAGAGAAGAGGAAGCAGAAGACAAUUUUUUCUGUUUAAGCAGCUGGUCAAAUCAUGGUCUUGUUUCACAGCAGGUGCAGUGUUGUUUAGAAAGGAUUAUACUGUAGCAUAAGAGCAAUAAGGGAAUCAAUUUAACUACAUUACCUUAACCUUCAAGCCUUUAAGCUGUAUUUAAGUGAAUAUAUGCCAGUAUAUAGUUUACAAUAUCCAGUAUUUCUAGUAUGAUGAAGUGCACAGACUUUGCUGCAAUUUUGGGAAGACAGUUCUCAAACUAAACAAUAUUUUUUCUGUAAUUUAGCUGGUAAGCAUUUUUAUUACUUUUACCACAUUUAAUUAAUGGAAGAUUAAUUAUGACACAGCUUUUAAUAUAUUUUUUAAUCUGCAUCGUGUUCUGGGAGAAAACUUGGACAGGUAAUGGAAAGAGUGACACAGUGAUUUUUCCUGAAAGUGUCAGUACACUAACGAGUGAUUUUUAAUCGUAAUUUUUGAAGUGUGUGUUCUGUUAGACUUCUCUGUCACACUCAAACUUAACUCUAACCAGGGUAUUAACAAAAAGUGAACAUUGUGAGCUGGAAUUCAUGGCAGGGAUAUUAUUCAGAAACAUUCUGUAUCAAAGGCUAAUGUGCAGACAAGAUUACUUACAAACUUUUCAACCUGGGUCUUUGCAUGGUUUUUUGAUGAGACAAAUGUGAAAUUUCAGCUAACAGCCGUGUUAAAUGAUCUUAAUAGCAACGUUCAAGACCUACAUAGGCUUUCUAAUUAUUCUACAUUUAUGCAGUUCAGAAUCCAUUAUUUUAGUUUUAAUGAUAUAUUCUUUGUGUUAGUUUUCUUUGGGUUACUGUAGCAUUGUUACACUCCCUAUAACUUUGUAACUGACACAUAGUUUGCAUCGAUAUUUCUACUGGUGUCAAAAACAUUCCCUUUAAGAGAUGUGUGCUUUGAGAAGGCGAGAGUUUCUUAAUGUGGUAUUUUUUUUUUGUUUAUUUGUAUGUUUGUUUUUAGCACUUGCUUUAACACUUACAAUCAGGUACUUUAAUAACAGAAUAUUGACAAAUAUAUUUAAGGGUCUGCAACCCUGUUGUUUUAA